ACUGAAAGCACAAGAACUCAACACCAUAGCAGGCUGAGCUGUACAGUACACACAAACAGCCCUAUACAGUCCUCAGGUCCUAAUUUUGAUCCUGCCAAGUCCAGUAACUGUUCAGAAGGAUGCCUCUGAAUCAAGAAAAGGUUACAUGAUGCAAAGAAAUGGUUACACAGCAGAAACUGUGUCCAGAGGCACUGGGAAAUGAGGUGGGAAAGUUAGGAAGAAGCUAAAUCAUGGAGAAUCUUGAGUUUGGACGAGAGAAGCAGAAUCCAGAAAAAGUUCCUAAGCAGGAGAGCGACAUCAUAGGAUGUCAAGGGGUUAUCAAAGCCCAGCCAGGCUGAGAAGUGUGCCUGUGGACGUGGACACACAGGUGCGACUGGCAGACCAGACCCCCACCUUCAGCCCGUCCCCUCCGCCCACCCUCAGGUGAGCAGGAAAGACCAGACACCUAGUCUUAGACUCCCCAGGCUAGAACGCUGUACCCUGCCUUGAAUGGGAUGCCCCCUGCUCCCUCCUCUCCCACCCCACUUGACCUGUGGGGUCUGGGCAGGCAGCCUCUGUGGGAAGAGGAUUGGCAGCUCUUCAGGCAGGUGAGUCAGUGACCUGGGCGUGGCCUCCGCCCAACCCUCCCUUGGUAGGUUACCUCCGCUAUGCAGGGAAGGCGCUGGCUUGCCUUUCCCCCUGUGCCGGAGGCUCUGGGUGCCCACUCCCAGCCCCCCGUAGGCUCUCCCCCAUCUCCCACCAACUUCUGUCAUCCUGCCCUGACGAGAAGGGCCUGGGCCAACGGGCCUUUCUGGAAGCCCCGAACCCGCCCUCUCUGGGGUUCCUGUUCCUUUUCCUGCCCUUGUGAAACUCCCCAGCUCUGUGGGCAGAGGUCCUGGCAGCAGUGGUACAGAGCGAGUAGCUACAGGCCGAGGGCCCUAGUGCCCACUCCUGACGUAAGCGCUCUUCAAGCCCUGGCGCCCCGCUGCUGUGCCAGGCCUCCGGCUCCUAGCCCCGCCCCGCAGCUCCGCCCCCAGGCUGCGGCUCCGCCCUCCCGGCUGCAGUUCCGUCCCGGACGCGGCCCCGCCCCUUAGGUCCCGCCCCGCAGCCCCGCCCUCACGGCGGCAGCCGGCCCCAUGCAGCCCCGCCCCUGCGGCACUCCAAGCCCUGCGGCCGCACAGGGUCCCCAAUCAGACCCCUGGCUAAACAGCUGAAGACGACUUCCCAGAUUAGAGCGGUGAGGCGUCACCUUCAGGUACUUCUGGAGAACUCAAAACGUCCUUGGGCGGAAAUUUCAAGACUGGACAGGCUAGGAGUUAUUUUGCAGGGAACCAAAAGUCUUUCUGAGUUGGUCAGAGUGGAUCAGAUGCCUGAGUUCCAUGCCUGGAAACUUGGACGUGGCAAUGGCCUUGUAGAGGGGCCUUCUCAGAAUCUCUUAGCUUCCGGCACUGUGACUGGCCACGCAGGGACUCUCAGCCUCUCUGCCCGGAUGGGGGAGGGGAGAAGAGACGCGAACUAAAGUUUAAUGAGCAGCUGGUCUGUGCUGGGCGUGCAUUCAGUUCUCAAGACAAUCUAUCCAGUCAUCCUGACGGAUGAAGAGGUACAGCGCAAGCGGGAGAUGAUCCUGAAGCGGAAGGAGGAGGAGGCCCUGAAGGACAGUCUGCGACCCAAGCUGUCUGAGGAGCAGCAGCACAUCAUUGCUGUCCUGUUGGACGCCCACCACAAGACCUACGACCCCACCUAUGCUGACUUCAGUCAGUUCCGGCCUCCAAUUCGUGGGGGUGAGGCUGCAGGGGGCCAUUCCUCAAGGCCCUCCUCCAGACACAUGCCCAGCUUCUCCGGGGACUCGUCCUCCUCCUGCUCAGAUCACUACAACGCCUCACUAGACAUGAUAGAGCCAUGCAGUUUUUCCAACCUGGAUCUGAGUGAAGAAGAGUCAGAUGACCCUUCUGUGACCCUGGGCCUGUCCCAGCUCUCCAUGCUGCCCCACCUGGCUGACCUGGUCAGUUACAGCAUCCAAAAGGUCAUUGGCUUUGCCAAGAUGAUUCCAGGCUUCAGAGACCUCACCUCUGAGGACCAGAUUGUGCUCCUGAAGUCAAGUGCCAUUGAAGUCAUCAUGUUGCGCUCCAACCAGUCCUUCACCAUGGAUGACAUGUCCUGGAGCUGUGGUAACCAGGACUAUAAAUACGGCAUCAAUGACGUGGCCAAAGCUGGACACACUCUGGAGCUGAUUGAGCCUCUCAUCAAGUUCCAGGUGGGGCUGAAGAAGCUGGACUUGCAUGAGGAGGAGCACGUCCUACUCAUGGCCAUCUGCAUUGUCUCCCCAGACCGCCCCGGGGUGCAGGACGCCAACCUGGUCGAAGCCAUCCAGGACCGCCUGUCCAACACGCUGCAGACCUACAUCCGCUGCCGUCACCCGCCCCCGGGCAGCCACCUGCUCUACGCCAAGAUGAUCCAGAAGCUGGCCGACCUGCGGAGCCUCAAUGAGGAGCACUCCAAGCAGUACCGCUGCCUGUCCUUCCAGCCGGAGUGCAGCCUGAAGCUCACACCCUUGGUGCUCGAGGUGUUUGGCAAUGAGAUUUCCUGACUGGGGCCCCGGCAAUGGUGCCUGUGCGGGGCUGGCCGCCCGAGCUCAGCCCGUCCUCCUCCACCCACCUCUCCACCCAGCCUGUCCUCUCUCCUGCCCAACCUAACACCAGGUCGCCCUUUCCUGCAGGCCACAGGCUGCCCCCCAGUCCCUUGAGACUUCAGUCAUGAGGAGUUGCUGUCUAUUGACAAAGAAACUGACGUGGAGGCAGGGGGCAAAGGGCAGAGGCCGAAGGCUGGACCUCCAGAAGUGGCUGCUGGCUGGUGCCUAGGGAACAGUCAGGCAGGAGAAACACACCCACUCCUCAGGGACAGAUAUACCUGUACCUCGACCCACUGCAGACCCAGCUGUGUGGGCCUGGUGGGGAUCUCCAUCCUCCUGCCCAACCCGUGAGAAAUAACUGGCCACCCCCCCACCCCCACCUCGUCUUGCCCCCAGCCAGUGCCGUUCUGUCCCCGGGCAGCGGCCACCAUGGGGCCCCUUCCCCCUGCCCCCACCCCCCACCUGGCUAGGGCUCUAAGGCCACAGGUUCCUCCUUCCCAGGCCCCACUUGCCAAGAGACGCUGAUCUUCUUUCCGUCAUGCUGGUAACAUUCUCCCUGGAUGCAGCUGUGGUGAGGGGCUUUCUCCCCAGGAUGGGGCUGCUGGCCCAGAGCCCACCUGCUGAGAGGCCAAGGAGGGAAGGAAGUGGGGGCCAGUCCGUGGGGGCCGGGCAAACCCAGCUUCACGGAAGAGCGGCAGAUGGCGGCUUGAGCAGCCCCGCCACCAAGCCCACAGCCCCUCAGCCUGAGCUCGGGCUGGCUGAGGGGAGAGCUCUCCCUCCAGCCACCACACGGCAGAACUGAGUCACCUCCGGGUCCUAGGGGAAAGUCCUGGUUCCUGGCUCCUGCCCUGCCUUACCUCCCAUCCAGGAGGGAGAACCCGGGGCAGACUCCAGAGCCCUCCGGCCGCGGCCUCGCCCUAGGAUGGCCGUAGGUGAUCUGGAGGCGGGCCUGCAUCUCCCGUCCGGGCACCCCACGUCUGCAGAAGCACUGCCCAUUCAGCCCCCGGCGGGACCACAUCACUGCCUGGCAGGGAGGGUUGGAGGAGAGGGCUUUCAGGCCGCAGCAGCCUGCCUCAGUGUAGUUCCAGAGGGCCACUCCCCUGAGAUGCAGGAGCUCAAGCACCAACAUGGCAGCGUCAGGGUGGAGGGAGAGCAGGCUGGCCUGCAGCUGCUGGUCAGAGCAAGUGCCUGGGGAGGAGUUGUGUGGGGCUGCUUCCUCCUUCAUUCUCACUCCACCACCCCAAAGUCAGAAGGGGCCUUUCGCUCUGUAGCCAGUCCAGCUGAGAAGGUGAGGGCUCCUGUUCCCUUUGCCUUGGUGAGAGAGUCACGGGCAUGUGGGGCCAGCACAGGGGGCUCUCCCAGGAGUCAUAGAGGGGCCACCUGGUCAUUGCUUGAGUUUGGGGACUGCAGCCACAUCUGACAUCUCAACAGGGAGGACUUGGUGUCAGCUGCCUCUGCCUGCUUCUGUUCCCUGAGAACCCUGGGAGCAGCCUGACAUAGCACCCAGAGAGCCACCAGGCAGCCCCUGCCCGGUGCUCCUCCAGGCGUGAAGCUCUCUGACAGCCAGCUCCAUGCUGCAGAAUGCCAACUACGGCUUACCUUGCUUUUUUGAUGUGUUCUCAGAAUCAGACUCCAUUCUGUACUAUGUUCUGGUAUAGCGGGUAGCAGGAACCACCGAUGCAGGGAUACUUAUGGGGGCAGCGUCCUAUAUAUUAUUGUUGCUGUUUUACAAAGAGGCCCUUGUUUCAUUUUACCUGCAGAACACAUUGGUCCAGCUUGCUAGUCAGUGAGAGAAAAAGGCUUGAAAAAACACAAAACUACAUCAACUCCCUUAUUAAAGAAAACUGAUGCUCAGAGGAGGACAUGACUCAAGCAAGCUCGUGUAACUGGUUAGAAGCAGUGCCAGGAUGGGCCAGUCUCGCUCUUGUCACUACACAUUAGCACUCAGACCCCUCUGCCACUCUCCUUGUCCCCUGGGAGAAUCUCUGCUUUUUAGAGCAUAUCUAGGUCCCAGACCCCUGCUUGCCUUUGCUGUGCUGUCACCCCACUGACCCAUCGGGAGGAGGAAUGGGCACCUCAGCCUGGCUUGCAAUGUGCAUCACAGCCCACCCCCACUGUGGCCCUGGCUGGGUGGGGUCCCUGCCUCAGCCGUGUGUCACGCUGUUGCCUUAUCACUAAAGUGCAUCUGUCUGUGGCACGUCUCCAUCUUCCCACCGCCGCCUCUCCCUGCCUUCUCCAGGGAGCCCAAAUGGACCCCUCAAGAGCAGCAGUUUCUCAACCCCGGGCCACAGCAACCCAGCCCACUCCCUAAGGGCAGUUGUAGGAGCCAGGAGGAAAAGUGGGCAUUCAGGGGCUGAACUAGGGGAAGGUAUUAUCACCUGUUGUCUCCUCAUGGGAGAAUGCAAAGGUAGAUGUUUAGAAGUCUACAACUUUUAAAGUAUAUUGUUGGAAACCCACAAAAGUGUGCACCCAAAUGCCAAAGCAACAAGAUUCUAGGAGAUAGGAAAAUCUUUCCAUGGGCCAACUGGAAGCAAGUCAGAGAAUCUAAGUGAGGCCAGCAGAGAAGACUGGGAUGUAAGACAUGAGCUGGUGAAAGCUGGGAAUAAAGCAGCAAAGGAAGGCUGUGAAGAGUGCCCCCUGAGUGGUUUCCAAAGAGAAAAAACUGCCAAAAAUUUGUCAAGUAAAAAAAUUGAAGAAAGCUUUGUUUAUGGUAAUACAAAUGGCUUAUACUCACAUAGCACUAAUUUUGUGGAAGUACUACUGUAAAUAAAUGCAAACCAACUUGCUUUAUCCUUUA